AUGCUCGCGAAAUUUCUGCCUGCACCGUCGCGCUCGUCCGCCGCUGUCAGGCGGCUGGGGAGAGGCUGGCCCGGAGAGCCGAUCGCACUCCACGGGGGAGGCCCCGUCCUCGUCGGCUUCCUGCAUGAUGUCACGCUCAUCUCGCCUCCUCCCCCACUUUAUAAAUCCCCGUCCAUUUGUCCGUCCGACCCCGUCCUCCCUUCGUCUUCUGCUGCUGCUGUUGCUCCUCCCUCACCUCCAACUCGUCACUUCCUCCUCCCCCGACGCUCCGCCUUCCUCUUCCUCCCCCACAAUCCCAGGCCAACUCAAUCCACAAUGGCCGUUCUCUUCUACAUGCAGGGCGUGCCCAUCGGCUACAUGGCCAUCGCCCUCGCCGUCCUCGCGUCCAUGGGUGGUUUCAUCUUUGGGCACAUCGACCGUGUCCGUCAGCCGCGCGCCUUCAUGUCUCCAUCAUUCCGCUUCGGAGCUGCAUUUCCGCGCACUCGCUCGCCGCUCCAACGGCUAACGCCUCACCUCCCAUGCCCAGACUCCCUCAGCGUAGCGUCGGAUCCCCGACCAGCCGUCCUACCUCCACCAGCCUCUCACCCCUAUGACACAGGCCAAAUCUCCGACAUUCUCAUCAUGCCAAACUUCCUCGAGCGUUUCGGCACGCCUGGCCCACAAGGCUACUCGUUCGGUAUCGUGCGCGAGGGCCUGAUCGUCGCCCUGCUCAGCAUCGGCACGCUCGUCGGGUCCCUCCUUGGAGCGCCAACCGCUGACUUUCUCGGGCGUCGCUAUGCGAUGUCGGCAGAGUGCCUCGUGUUCUCCAUCGGAGUCAUCGUCCAGAUCACGUCGACAUACUCGUGGCAGCAGUUUGCCGUCGGGCGGCUCAUUUCUGGACUGGGUGUCGGAUCUCUCAGUGCAGCGGUACCCAUGUACCAGGCAGAGACUGCACCUAGUCAGAUUCGCGGUACGUUGACAGCGACCUACCAGUUGUUCAUCACAUUCGGUAUCCUCGUCGCCUACUGUAUUUCCAUCGGGGCGCGCGACAUCUCCGGCGCCGGCUCAUGGCGCACGGUGGUCGGCAUCUCGUUCGUGUGGCCGGCAAUCCUCGGCUUUGGAAUCCUCUUCAUGCCAGAGUCGCCUCGCUGGCUCACGCGUCAGGGCAGGUAUGACGAGGCGCGGCGAUCCCUCGCGCGUGCACGCGGUAUCUCCGUCGCUGAGGCACAGGAACACUUCGUCAUUCAGCGCGAGAUGGAGGAAAUGCGCGAGGCGGUAGAAUUCGAGAAGGGCGUGGAGGCAGGCUGGUUAGACUGCUUCACGCUGGAGAGGAAGCAGCUGUACAGAACGUGUCUGAUUUCGACGCUGCAGAUGUUCCAGCAGCUGACGGGUGCCAACUACUUUUUCUACUAUGGCGCGACGGUCUUCCAAUCUGUCGGUAUCAGCGACUCGUACGUCACGCAGAUUAUCCUCGGCGCGGUCAACUUUGGUUGCACGUUCGGCGGCCUCUACGUAAUGGAGAGGUUUGGCCGGCGUUUACCUCUUAUCAUCGGCGGCAUCUGGCAAUCUUGCUGGCUGUUCGUGUUUGCCGCCGCCGGUACCGCGAAGGAUCCAUCCACCAACGAGGGCAUCGGCAAGCUGAUGAUAGUCUCCGCGUGUCUGUUCAUCCUCGGGUACGCAAUGACCUGGGCGCCGGGCGUGUGGAUCCUCGUCGGCGAGACGUUCCCCACGCGCACGCGCGCGAAGCAGGCCGCGAUCUCGACGGCGAGCAACUGGCUGUGGAACUUCCUCAUCGCGUUCUUCACGCCAUUCAUCACCAAGGCGAUCGCCUUCCGGUACGGGUUCGUCUUUGCGGCGUGCAACCUGACGGGCGCGAUCAUCGUGUACUUCUUCCUGUACGAGUCGUCGGACCUCUCGCUGGAGAGCGUCGACAUGAUGUACAGCGACCCCACGUGCAAGCCGUGGACGUCGCGGACGUGGGCGCCCGCGGGGUUUAACUCGCGCGCGGACCUCAUCGAGCAGAGCCGCGCGGCGGAGGCGCACAAGCCGCUCGCGACAGCGACCGAGGAGCGGCUCGAGAAAGCAAGCGACAAUUUACCCGCGAAGGUCUGA